AUGGAAACUGCAGAAGAAGAAGAGUUCAGUGAAUGGGAAGAGAUCCAAUACUCGCCGAGAAGCCACUCGACUGGAACGUUCGGAAUGUCUCACCAACAAGCUCUAGCUCAAGUCACUGCUCAGGCUCACCCAACCCCCCGCCGCAAUCAAGAUGUCUCCGCCGGCGAACGUGGGCCCGUCGGAAGUCCGUCGUUGCCGCGGAGAGUGGUUGAAGCCGCCAAGAAGGGUAUGAAGGAUUCGGGGCUCUUUCACGUCGUUGACAGAGUAAUACGUAAUUAUGGGUCUAGAAGAAGGUCGUUUUGGUCAUUUUCCCUCGGGGCCUUCUUGCUCGCGAGCUUGGCGUACGUUAGGCUCGUGAGAUGGUGUGGACGAGUCCACGAAGAUAAGCUGAAUCGUUUGGUUCUUCUGCUCGAAGAGAAAGACCAGAGAAUACGACAACUUCUCCUUCAGAUUGCACGACUGAAUGAGUUACUGUCAUCGCGUAGGAGAGUUCGAGUAGUUCGAAUCGCUUGACGAGACAGAUGUGUUUGAAGACAUAUGAUAUUAUAUAUAUACUGUGUUAUUUUACUGAAAAAGACUAUGUAUAGAUGAAUGAUACGUAUGCAUAUACAUAUACAUGUCACCCGCAUUGGUUGAUAGAAUGCUGAUAUUAUAUACGUCCCCCCGGCCCAGCAGCAAUUCUUGUUAAUUGCAUACGAUACAGAUUUAAUUUGAACA